AGUUCUCUUAGACUCAGUUCUUCGGGUCUCCAUUGUAAAGAUACAUUGCAUUCUUCCAUGCCUGGCUCUGUGGCGACCAUUAUACCUGGCCGUGUAUGCUGAGAUACAGGAGCCACAUGUGUACCUGCAGAGCAGCCAGCUGGAGCUCAGCAGCCUCUACCAGGAUGUGCCCACGAAGUCCACCGUCACGCUCGCCAACAGCACACUCCUCCCCACCCGGUUCCACUGGGGCAAGCUCCUGGGGAACCAAGCAGCUUUCUGCACAGUGACAGUCUCCCCUAGAGGUGGCCUGCUGGGUCCUAGUGAAGAGCACCAGCUCAUCUUGGAGUUCACCGCUCAUACUCAGGUGGUGCCCUUGUGGGCCAUCGUGGCCAUGCCUGAGCUGCAGCUCUCUACCAGCUGCGUGGACUUUGGGACCUGCUUUGUGAACCAGCAGCAGGCCCAGGAGGUUGACUUGCUGAACCUGAGUGGCUGCCAGAGCUACUGGACUGUGCUGAUGGCACAGCAGGAGACGGACAAGAAGGCAAAGGCCUUUGGGGUCUCCCCAAGCAGUGGGCUGCUGAGAGCCCGACCCACCAAUGCUCCUCCAACCUCCAUCACCCUGAAAAUGUUCUUCACUCCCAGGAUCCAACCUGCCAGCAUUCAUACCUUCGACAAAAUACAAGUGGGGGAGGAAGAAGUUGCUGGGACUUGUACAGCUGAUUUCCUCCCUCCCAAGGCAGUCUGCAUAUUCCCUUCAAGCCAUCUAUCAGUGAGAAAAUGUCAUAUUCCUAGCUCUGUGUGCCCCAGGUAGACUCCAGGACCUAAAUCCAAUAGAAGUGGGUCCCUUCUUUGCUUUGGCUUUGGCCAAGUUGGAACAAUAUGCUUCUUCUUUCGUAUUGUCCAUUUAAAGCAAUUUGGAGGCCAGGCGUGUUGGCGCACACCUCUAAUCCCAGCACUCUCAAAGCUGAGGCAGGAGGAUUGCUGUGAGUU